GGGAGGGCGGCGGUGGGGGAAGGGGCGCCGCUUACUCGCCGCCAUGUUGCGAGCUCUGCGGCGGCGGUGGGACGCCUACAAGUACCGCUUCGUGCCCUGGCUGGCCCUCAACCUCCGCCGCAAGCGCAGGACCAUCCGAUAUGUUCCUGAAAGCUCCCAAGACAAAAUUACCUCUGAUGAGGAUGUCUUUGAGACACUACUGAAAAUAUUUAAAGCUCUGUUCAUAAAUGACUUCAGUAGACAAGCACAUAUUUUAGCCUUGCUUCCAGAAAUCAGAUGUAAAUAUCUGGAAUUACUGACUGUUGAGCAGAAGCAAUCAAAUGUAAAUUCAUGUAACUAUCAGAGCCAACAUGUUUUUAGUCCAGAGGAAGUUCUCUUCAACACACUAGGGUUCAGUAUUUCUCGAGAUCAGAGUUCCCUGGUGUCUGCAGGAACUGGAGUCUUUGUUACCAAAGGUUUUGUGCCAAAAGGGAUGGUUGUAUCUAUGUAUCCUGGUACAGUAUACAGAAAGCACGAGCCCAUCUUUUUCCAGUCCCUUGGCAAUCCCUUUAUUUUUAGGUGCAUAGAUGGCAUCCUUAUUGAUGGGAACGAUAAAGGACUAUCAAGAUCAGUGUACAGGUCUUGCAGCAGGAGGGAUCAGCUUGGCCCAUUUCAAAUGAGUGAUGAGAGCUGGCUCACAGCUGCCCUGCAAAAUCCACUGGCGGUGGGACAGUAUGUCAACAACUGCUCACAUGAAAAAGCAGCCAAUGUAUGUUACCAGGAGUUUGAUGUGCCGGGAUAUUUUCCAGUAGAACUGAAACAGUAUCUUCCAAACGUCGUCUACAGCCAUGACAUAGAGAGCCACCUGAGGUGUGUAGUGCUUGUCACUCUCAGAGAUGUCAAGCAGGGAGAAGAACUUUUUUCUAAUUACUACACUGUUGUCAGCUGAAGUAAUAGAUUCAAGACUGAAGAAAUCUGUGUCAUUAAAAUACUCUGUGUGUACUUCAAGCUUCAUGAGCAUUUUUAUGUAACGGGGUCUGUUGCUCUGCCAUUUGGAAAGCAAACUGUGGGCCUGUAUUCCCCCUGAAAAUACUCGAUAUUUGGUGCAGAGGUGAAGGUUUAACCAUUUACAUGACUAGGUUCUCAGCUCUACUGUUCUUGUUAUUAUUGCUUAUUGGUGUUCAGCUGUCCGUACAACAGCUCACAAAAUAAAAACCAAUGUUCUGGGUA